AUGGCAGAAGUUAAACCUCCUCGAGAGUCUUUGGUCAAAUACGAAAAUCCCAUUGAAGUCAGUAAUGCCAAUGAUGCAUCCAGGACUCUACAAGGGAAAAAGAAGGCAUAACUGUCUCCUUUGGAAUCUAAGCCAAAUACAGAAGUAAGCAAUGAGAUGAGAAAUGUUAGGAUAUAUUGA